UGUCCUGACCUGGCUUGCUCGCCCCACCGAAGAAUGUCAGCCAAGUCCAAGGGGAACCCCUCCUCGUCCUCCGCAGCCGAGGGACCGCCGGCAGCCUCCAAAACCAAGGUGAAGGAGCAGAUCAAGAUCAUAGUGGAGGAUCUGGAAUUAGUCCUGGGCGACCUGAAGGACGUGGCCAAAGAACUUAAGGAGGUGGUUGACCAGAUUGACACCCUGACCUCUGAUCUACAGCUGGAAGAUGAGAUGACCGACAGCUCCAAAACAGACACUCUGAACAGCAGCUCCAGUGGGACAACAGCCUCCAGCAUAGAGAAGAUCAAAGAACAGGCCAAUGCUCCCCUCAUUAAACCUCCAGCACACCCGUCUGCUAUCCUGACUGUCCUGAGAAAGCCAAACCCUCCACCGCCUCCUCCAAGGUUGACACCCGUGAGGUGUGAAGAGCCUCAGAGAGUGGUGCCGACUGCCAACCCUGUAAAGACCAAUGGCACCCUUCUGCGGAAUGGAGGCUUAGCGGGGAGGCCCAACAAAAUUCCAAAUGGAGACAUCUGCUGCAUACCCAACAGUAACUUGGACAAGGCUCCGUUGCAGUCUCUGAUGCACAGACCUGAAAAGGACAGGAGUCCUCAGGCAGGGCCUCGGGAACGAGUUCGGUUUAAUGAAAAAGUACAAUACCAUGGCUAUUGUCCUGACUGUGAGAGCCGGUAUAACAUAAAGAAUAGGGAGGUCCAUUUACACAGUGAACCAGUCCAUCCACCUGGAAAGAUCCCACACCAAGGACCUCUGCUCCAUCCUCCACCUCAUCUCCCCAAUUUCCCAUUAGAAAAUGGGGGACUGGGAAUAAGCCACAGUAACAGUUUCCCCCCUCCCACACCUGCAACCGUGCCUCCUCCCGCUGCACCAAAACCACAGAAGACCAUCCUGAGGAAAUCCACCACUACCACAGUGUGAUAUCUGCCAUUUAAGAAAACGUUCUGUUUGUUUUUAAUUUUCUAUAUGAUAAACGUAAAAUAAUAAGUAAUGAGCACUUUCUACUCAAGCAAUAAAAAGCCCAAAUAUAUUAAUCUGCAUUCAACAAAGUGGCAUAAAAAAUCACGUGGUAAGUAUGCAGAGUAGCGCCUCUGUCCUGGACGUACAUUGUUUUCUAUGUUCCAUCAUCAGAAACUGCGGAAAAUUGAGAAAGUAUGAAUGAAUUUUAUUUUUUUGUGAUUGACCUAAAACAAACUGUGACCUUCUGAUUCCAAGUAUUUUGGUCUAUUAUAAGAGCUGGGAUGUCAGAUAUUUUGAUUUGUUGAUAAAGCCAGGGCAACUCAUUCCAUUCAUGCCUAUCUCAUCUAUGCAUUGAUGAUGUCAUAGUUCUCCCUUUGAUCUAAUGCUUUUUAAUAAGAAUUUUAAUACCGAAGGACUAUUUUAUUAUUUUUCUAAAGAUGUUUGUCAAUAGUUUUGCAUCAUGAAAUGCUGAGGACACUACAAAAAAGUUUAUUUUCUAUACUAUACAAUUUGAAACAUAUGUUCAACUAUAUGUAUAAUAAAAUAUUUUGAGCUUUGGAAAUAUGUCAAUAAAUAAUAGUAAAUAAUGAGAAAGCCUAAUGUUCCUGAGGAUUAAAAUGAAGUGAAAAUUACUUUUAACUCCCUGUUAACAUUCACUGAAAUGGAAAGCCAGUCCCCAAGAGUUUGAAUAAGGUGAUACUGAUUGGAUAUCACAUUCGUAGAGUAAAUAUCACAACCUAUUCGGUAAGUAUAUUCUUACAACAAUUUCUUAUUAUACACCUCCAUUAUGGUACUCCUAGAAUCAGCGAUGAAAGUCUUUGAUGUUGUCAUGCCUUCUCACAGGACUCAUUGUAGAUAAUUACACUGGAAGGUUGGAAUUUUUGCCUUCAGUUUACCAGAGCAAGCUCAAAUUCCCUGAAAGAACACAGAUUUAUAGGACGGAAGUUUCAGGUAUCUCUAGUCACAGGGUAUGUUCAGGAACGGCCUUUCCCUUUUUCUCUUCUAAGUUGAAGGGUGUCAGGAAUUUUUGAUGUCCCAUAUGAGAAUCUCUUCUCUCUACCUUCAAACCCAAGGCUUUCUCCUAAGUAAUGUUUGCCAACUUAAGAAACUUAGCCAACAGAUAGAUCAGUCAGGUCCUAGAUGCACUGAUUUGGACUGAUGUGAUUUUUUUGCCUUGGAGAUAAAAAUUAUUUAUCUCUCAAGAAUUAGUGUGAGGUAAAGUGCCUGCAGGGAGAGG